AUAGACUACGCGUCGUUUCUAGAUGAACAAAACGACGUGUGCUUCAUGUUUCCCGCCGAAAACAAAAAGCCUCGAAUGAAAUGACCUAUCUGAGUCGGUCGCUCGGGUAGCUUCUCUACUGCUGCCGGCGAUGGCGGCCAAGCGGCGGAAAAAGAAGCGCCAGACCUCAAAAGUCUCUAAUCGAGGCGAUGAGACUCCGAGUUUAUUCCGAUCCCUUGCUUUGGCAAUUGCGUCUUCCCAGGUUUCUCAGAAGCUCGUCUUGAAAAGUUUGCAGUACCUUCUGGUUCAUUUAUCAUUGAAUCAGCCGACAUGUUGGGAUCAGUGUGAUGCAAUCUCACAUUCUUUGUCCAAUGGAGAGGAAGUCAAAUUGAAGUUCGAGGAUGUUCAUUUCCUCUCUGAUGUUCUGUUUACAGAACUCAACAAGAGGUACGAACAACCUUUCUCAACUUUGUGCAAAAACAAUGAAGAACCAUCUGUCACACAUAUGAAUCCACAAGAAAGCAUUGAAGAAGCCACCUUGUUGCUAAGAUGCUGUAUGAACACAAUGAGACUACUUAUAUCCAACCAGGAGGUGGCAUUGGAGAAAGCCAAAGCUCUUCUGGCAAUCCUUAGGAGAUUGAUUUCUGCAGAACCGCGAGCGUGGAAUGGGGAUAAGUCCUUUGUAUUCACACGUUCUGUCUCAUGUGGGUACACCAAAAACGAUGAUGGUCCUGGCACUUCCAUCGCUGGAGAUUUUGUUUCUUCCAUGUAUUUCUCAGGACCUUCAGAUCCUUGCCAUUCAUUUCUCUGUACAGGGCUUGAGGUUUUCGCGGAUGAGAUUUUGGUGAAUAAGACGAUAAGGGAUCUACUUUUGCUAGUAGAUUCUGCAUUUUCCUCAAAUAGACUUUUCAGUACACAUUCUUUUGGAUGGUUUGGUUUGGCAAGCGUGCUGGAAGUGAUUUCCUCUCAUUUUGUUCUUUCAUUUUCUGAUGAGAAAAUGACUAAAGUGUUCAUCGAUAGAUUAUAUUUGAAGCAUCUAAAUGAAUUUAGAACUUCUCAGAUAAGCUUGAGUGCAGCUAUAUCCUUGCUGCGAAACCCUGUGAUGCUAUCUGCACCAAGAAUCUUUCAUGCAUAUGUGGUGCUAUUGGUUAAGGAUGCCAUCGGUAUUAAUGUAUCUUCUUGUGUUAAGGGAUUAGACCUUCAGCUUAUUGGAUGGUAUCUUCAUGCUUUUGAGAGCUCUGUUGUUUUAUACACAAGGCACAUGUGUAAUUUUGACAAGGGUGGCAAUGGUAUAGGUGGGAGUGCCUCAUCUGGGAAACCUCGUGUUUCAGAGAGUAAUACUCAGGUGGCUUUUGAAUAUCUUCUUCUGCCAUCAACGCUGGAGAAGGUUAAUUAUGUUAUGAUGAAGCUUAAUGAUUCAUGGGAUUCAUACCUGAGUAACAUCUUCAACAGAAAAAAAACCGAGUUGGUUGCUUCUUCUUUUGCAUAUGCUAAGGAAAGCGUAUACGUAUUUGGUGACUCCUGCUCAGAAGUGAUGUUGUCUCAGAUCUUGUCCAUUCUUGGUUGUUUGAUACUUAGAGCUUGUUCUGAUGAUGUCAUGGAUUUUGUGUUGCAAAAAGGCUAUGAAACAAGUACUCAAGAUCUAUAUCUUCUUGGAUCUUCGCUGAAAUUGAUGAGUUGUUCAAUGCUGCAAGCAAUCUUGUGUCUCAAGGAUGGUAGAAAUCGGCUUUCAUCUAAAGCCACAGAAGGUUUUCAAGCUGAAAAGGAAUACAAAGCCAUGAUGGACAUCGUUCAACGUUUUGAACAGUUUAGUGUUUCGUUACCCAGUCAAAGGUUCCUGCAUGAUACAAUGGAACGGGAUGUGCUAAGACAUGUGAAGUCCAAAUGGAUGCUUAUACAUUUUUCAGGUUUACUUUCUAUGAGCUAUGCUCAUAAGCUUGAUUUCUUGAUGAAAGACUCAAUCUUUGCUAUGGUGGUAUCUCUGUAUUUGUUUAUCCUGGAAGAGGGUGACUUACAUGCACUAAGGGGUUCCAUUGGUGGGUCAGAAUCGUCUCCAUCAGUAUCACCUGGUGGUUUCUCCAACUUGGUUGCCUUUGAUAAAACAAUAGAGGUUGCUGCAGACAGAAAAGCGAUCCAGGCAAUUGCAUCGAAAUUCCAGAAAAUUCGAACUUUGUAUAUGGGAAAGAUCGCUCGGACAGAAUCUGGAAACACUGAUGAGCCAAAAGAUGCAGAGAAUGAUGAACAAGAAAUGGGCUCUGCGGUUGGGGUGGAGGAGGAAAGCUGCAAUGGGGAGAGAUAUCUUAGGUGUGUAGUAGAAAGAGGCGGAGUGAGAUCAUCUGACAUCCAAGACUUAUCAGACUUCAUCGUGUGCGAGCCCGGGAAAGAUUAUUCCGAUUGGCUAAAAGGUCGAGAAAGAUUUCGUCAGAGAUGGAAAUCGGAGAAGAUGGCUACUUAUAGGUGGAAGAAGAAGAAGGAAACUUGGAGAGGGAACAAGCGGAAGAUAACUUAGACUGUCAUCCUUGUUCAUGUAAGCCUGCAUUGUCACUCAAGAAGCGGAAAGAGUCAUUGUAAAGAAAGGUCGCUUCUGUUAUAAUUGAAAGUAGAGGGCUUUUUACAAAUAAACGGGGAAUACAGGGGCCAAUUUUCGAAGGCCUCUUUGCAAUGACAA